AUGGCUCCUUCACAUAUCAGUAUCCCGUCUGGGGAUUUAUUACUGAGCGCCCCACCUACCGCACAAUGGGCCACCACCACUUUGAAAGUUGGCGGCAUGACUUGCGGCGCAUGUACUUCGGCUGUCGAGAGCGGACUCAAAGACAAGGACGGUGUGGGCAACGUGUCCGUUAGCCUGAUAAUGGAGAGAGCGGUCAUCAUGCACGAUCCCACCAGGAUAACCGCCGAGAAGAUAGCCGAGAUAAUCGAAGACCGAGGGUUCGACGCCGAAGUUCUCGCCACAGACAUACAAACGCCAAAAGCAGACGUAGACGACGCAUUUAAGGACGCCAUGGACGAUGGCGGCGCAAAGUACGUUGGCACCGUCGUGGCAAUCGAAGGCAUGACCUGCGGCGCAUGCACCUCCGCUAUUGAGGGCGCAUUCAAGGACGUGGCUGGCCUCAAAAGUUUCAGCAUUUCCCUAUUAUCCGAGCGAGCCGUUAUAGACCACGACCCGGACGUCUUACCCGCAGACAAGAUCGCAGAAAUGAUCGAGGACCGGGGCUUCGGCGCAACUAUCGUCGAGACCAAGGCGCUGGAACGCGAGGAAAAGACGGGCUCCAAGGGCUCAGCAGGGAAGUCGUCGCAAACAACGACGACCGUUGGAAUCGAGGGCAUGACCUGCGGUGCCUGUACCUCGGCGAUCGAAUCCGGGUUUAAAGGAGUCGAAGGAAUGAUCAAGUUCAACAUCAGCCUCUUGGCCGAGAGAGCCGUGAUCACACACAACCCAACGACACUACCGUCGGAGAAGAUCGUCGAGAUCAUCGAGGACAGAGGGUUUGACGCCAAGAUCAUUUCGACACAAUCCGAGGCCGCAGGUGCGACGCAAACCACGUCCACAGCGCAAUUCAAAGUCUUUGGGGUGCUAGAUGGUGCCGCAGCAACGUCACUGGAGGAAAAGCUACAAAACAUGCCAGGUGUUACAUCAGCGAAAUUGAGUCUUGCAACAUCACGCAUGACUGUGAACCACCAGCCGGGCACUACAGGUCUCCGGGCGAUUGUUGAAGCAGUCGAGGAGGCCGGGUACAACGCACUCGUUGCCGACAACGACGACAACAACGCCCAGUUAGAGUCUCUCGCCAAGACACGAGAAAUAAACGAAUGGAGACGGGCCUUCAAGACGUCUCUGUCUUUUGCCAUACCAGUUUUCGUCAUCGGCAUGAUCCUGCCGAUGGCACUGCCAUUCCUGGAUUUUGGGUCAUGGGAGCUCCUCCAUGGUCUUUUCCUGGGUGACAUUGUGUGUUUGCUUUUGACGAUCCCCGUCCAGUUCGGUAUUGGAAAGCGCUUCUACAUUUCUGCAUACAAGUCGAUCAAGCACGGUUCACCCACCAUGGACGUCCUGGUUGUCCUUGGUACUUCCUGUGCCUUCUUCUUCAGCUGUGUCGCUAUGGUGGUGUCCUUCUUCUUUCCACCUCAUACAAGACCGAGUACGAUCUUCGAUACUAGCACUAUGCUGAUUACUUUUAUUACACUUGGUCGAUUCCUGGAAAAUCGUGCCAAGGGCCAGACGUCCAAAGCGCUGUCUCGACUAAUGUCGCUAGCUCCAUCUAUGGCAACCAUCUACGCCGAUCCCAUUGCUGCGGAGAAGGCUGCCGAGAACUGGGAUAACGUUGCCGGAAACGGCGAGCCAAAGACUCCAAUGGCAGACGGCAAUGCUGCUGAGGAAAAGAUCAUCCCGACAGAGCUCAUCCAAGUCGGAGAUGUAGUUAUUCUCCGACCUGGGGACAAGAUCCCUGCUGAUGGUGUUGUGGUACGUGGAGAGACAUACGUGGACGAGAGCAUGGUCACUGGUGAGGCUAUGCCUGUUCAGAAGCGCAAGGGGUCCAACUUAAUCGGCGGUACCGUCAACGGCCAUGGGCGUUGUGAUCUCCGGGUCAUCCGCGCUGGCAGGGACACACAGCUUAGCCAGAUCGUGAAGCUCGUCCAAGAUGCUCAGACAACAAGAGCGCCGAUUCAGAGACUGGCAGACACCCUGGCUGGAUACUUUGUUCCCACAAUUCUCGUUCUUGGCUUCCUGACCUUCGUUGUCUGGAUGAUCCUCAGCCAUGUCCUCACUCACCCACCCAAGAUCUUCGAAGAGGCAGCCAGCGGUGGCAAGAUCUUUGUGUGUGUCAAGCUUUGCAUCUCCGUCAUCGUCUUUGCCUGCCCAUGUGCCCUCGGUCUCGCUACUCCCACUGCCGUUAUGGUCGGUACAGGAGUUGGCGCUGAGAACGGCAUCUUGGUCAAGGGCGGAGCGGCGCUGGAAACCACCACUAAAGUCACCCAAGUCGUUCUCGACAAGACUGGCACCAUUACAUACGGAAAGAUGACGGUAGCAAGCAUGAAGGUCGUUCCAUUAUGGCAAGACAAUGAGUGGCGCCGUCGCCUGUGGUGGACCAUCGUCGGUCUCGCGGAGAUGGGCAGCGAGCACCCUGUCGGUAAAGCUGUUCUUCGUGCGGCCAAGACGGAAAUCGGAAUCGACGCGGAGGGCACCAUUGAGGGCAGCGUUGGUGACUUCACUGCUGCCGUCGGUCGUGGUAUAUCCGCCAGCGUUGAACCAGCCACCAGCGCCGAGCGCACACGGCACACCGUGCUCGUCGGCAACGUCAAGUUCUUGAGGGAGAACAACGUCGACGUCCCCUCAGAAGCCAUCGAUGCCUCCGAGCGUAUCAACAAGAACGCCUCCUCUGGCAAGUCUGGUGAUUCCGCGGGAACAACCAACAUUUUCAUUGCCGUCGACGGCAAGUAUUCCGGUCAUCUGUGUCUCUCUGACACGAUCAAGGAAGGCGCGGCCGCUGCCAUUUCGGUCUUGCAGCAUCGCAUGGGUGUCAAAGUGGCCAUGGUAACCGGUGACCAGCCCGGCACAGCGCAUGCUGUUGCCGCUGCGGUUGGCAUUGCCGAGGAAAACGUCCACGCCGGUGUGAGCCCAGACCAGAAGCAAGCAAUCAUCCGCCAACUCCGAGAACAGGGCGAGUGCGUUGCCAUGGUGGGCGACGGCAUCAACGACUCCCCCGCGCUCGCUACCGCCGACGUGGGUAUUGCCAUGAGCUCUGGCACAGACGUCGCCAUGGAAGCGGCGGACGUGGUGCUCAUGAGACCCGACGAGCUGAUGGACAUCCCCGCGGCGCUGCACCUCGCCAAGUCAAUCUUCAACCGUAUCAAGGGCAACCUGGCAUGGGCCUGCAUGUACAACCUCAUCGGGCUCCCCUUCGCCAUGGGCCUCUUCCUGCCCUUUGGCCUCCACCUGCACCCCAUGGCCGCCGGCGCGGCCAUGGCUCUGAGUUCCGUGUCCGUCGUGAUGUCUUCACUGCUGCUCAAGUUCUGGAGCCGGCCGCGCUGGAUGGAUGAGGCUGCUGGCAAGGCCGCCCUGAGCAGGAGGGCGAAGCGGCCCGGCAAAGUCGAGUUUGUCAAGAACUUUGCCAUGGAUAUUGUCGACCGCGCCAAGGGCCUGGCAGGCCGGAGGAGGAAGGACGAGGAGGGUUAUGUGCCCCUCGCGAACCUGGCUGAUGCCGAGGAUAGAGUAUGA